CAGGAAAUGGGCCUGGUAUUUUUUUUUUGUCUUUGACAAGAGCAGGGCUAAGUUCUGCCCAUUAACAGCCCUAGGGAUAAGUGAGAAAAUGGCGCGUGUGUACGGGGAGUGUAGCUAAAGUUGUAAAGCGACGACUUAGAGGAGAGACGCUUAAUAGAGUGGAGGCAGUUUCUAGGGAGGAGCGGUUGAGAGAGAGACCCGCAUUUUGAGUGUAAAUACAGAAGGGAGGUAGUGAGUCUAUACUAACUACUGCUACAGCGGCAACCGUCCCAUUUCCACGAAGAACCUCUGUUUCUUCUCUACCGCUAAAAGAGAGCCUGAGAAAGAAUGAAGUAUAGGAUGCAACGGGUUUCCACUUGAGAUAAACAAUUGAAUCCACUACUCUUGUGAAUCAAAGACGCAAUCCACCAUCAUUGCGAAUCAAAGAGGCAAGGUGGGAAUUGGAUGGAGGGGGAGUUGAUGUUCUUCUCCCUGGCCAUUGCGACUCUGGCGGUGGCGGUGGCGUGGUUCAAGUCGAGGACGAGGAGGUCCAAUCACCGCACUAGCUGUGAGCCUCCGGGAAGCUUGGGAUGGCCCAUAGUCGGAGAGACGUUGGCCAUCCUGCGUUCUGGCCGCUCAGGGAAACCCGAGUUGUUCGUACAAGAGAGGAUGCUUAGACAUGACCCCGAUGUCUUCAAGACGCACCUUUUGGGGGAGAUCACCGCCACCUUCUGUGGCCCCAAUGGCAACAAGUUCCUCUUCUCGAAUGAGAGCAAGGGGCUCCUCCUAACCUGCUGGCCCUCAUCACUCGCCCGCCUCUUCGGGGAUUCCUUCCUCACGAAGCUGGGGGAGGAGGCAAUGAGAGUUCGCAAGAUGGUGGUGGUCCCUUUCCUGAGGCCAGACACCCUCCACAGGCUCGUUGCUCGGUUUGAUCUCCUCUGCAAGGUGCGCAUCGAGAGGGAUUGGAAGGGCAGGGGAGUGGUGCACGCGUUUCCACUCAUAAAGAAGUAUGCCUUCUCUGUAGCGUGCGGGUUGUUCACAAGCAUAGGGUCAGAAGAGGAUCAAGCAAGGCUACUGGAGGAGUUGAGCACGGUGGCCAAGGGGGCCUUCCAGCUUCCCAUCUAUUUUCCGGGGACUAGGUACUACAGGGCGGCCAGAUCCGGCGACUUGCUACGGGCAGAGUUGCUGAAGGUGGUCCAAAGCAGGAGGAGCAAUUACAUAGCAGGAGCAGAGGAAGAGGAUGAUCUGAUGUCACAUCUUAUGAAGGUGAAGGAUGAAGAGGGAAAUUCGCUGACGGACAAGCAGAUUGCUGACAAUGUAAUCCUCUUGCUGAGUGCCGGCCAUGACACCAGCAGCUCUACCAUGGCCAUGCUCCUCUUCCACCUCGCCCACAACCCCCAUUGCUACGAUCGAGUCCUACAAGAGCAAAGGGAGAUCGCAAAAUCAAAGGCCCAAGGCGAGUUUCUGAACCGGGAAGACAUUCAGAAGAUGAAGUAUUCUUGGAACGUGGUGAAUGAAGUGCUGAGGCUUUCUCCUCCCAUUCAAGGAACUUUAAGGAAGCCCUCAACCGACCUCACCUACGCCGGAUACACCAUCCCCAAGGGCUGGAAGCUCGGUUGGAGCGUGAAUUCGACCCACAAGAUGGACAAGCACUUCCCAGAACCGGAAAAGUUCAACCCGGCGAGAUUCGAGGAGGAGGAGGAGGUGGAGGGAGACAGCCCUCCUGCACCCUACACCUUCGUCCCCUUUGGCGGAGGACCUAGGAUGUGCCCUGGCAAAGACUUUGCUCGCAUUCAGAUACUCGUAUUCCUUCACAACAUUGUGACCAAUUUCAGGUGGGAGCUCCUCUUCCCCCACGAGCUCAUAAGCGUGGACCCCAUGCCCACCCCCUCCAAGGGCCUGCCCAUCAACCUCUACCCCCACCUCAAACACUAGCGACCAUCUACUUGCAACUGCUGCUGCACGUUCAAUUUCAAGAGCAUGAGGUGUUAAGAAAAUUUCUUCCUCAAAUGAAUUCUUUGGGAACCUUUGUAGUAAUUGGAAAUCACAUUAACAUUAAUGGUUGCAUUCACAGUUAUAUUC